AUGGGGAGCCGGGCGCCAGGGUCCCCGCUCCUCGCCGGGCGGCCGCGCCGGGGCCCCCGGCACCGACCCGCGCCGCUGCCGCUGCUGCUGCCGCUGCUGCUGCUGCUGCCGCCCGCGCCCCGGGCCGGGGGCUUCAACCUGGACGCCGAGGCCCCGGCCGUGCUCGCCGGGCCCCCCGGCUCCUUCUUCGGCUUCUCCGUGGAGUUCUACCGGCCGGGGACGGACGGGGUCAGCGUGCUGGUGGGAGCGCCCAAGGCGAACACCAGCCAGCCAGGCGUGCUGCAGGGCGGUGCUGUCUACCUCUGCCCCUGGGGCACCAGCCUGGCACGGUGCACCCCUAUUGAGUUUGACAGCAAAGGCUCUCGGGUGCUGGAGUCCUCGCUCUCCAGCCCAGGGGGCGCGGAGCCCGUGGAGUACAAGUCCUUCCAGUGGUUCGGAGCCACGGUGCGAGCCCACGGCUCCUCCAUCCUGGCCUGCGCCCCGCUGUACAGCUGGCGCACCGAGAAGGAGCCGCUGAGCGACCCCGUGGGCACCUGCUACCUCUCCACCGACAACUUCACCCGGAUGCUGGAGUACGCGCCCUGCCGCUCAGAUUUCAGCUGGGCAGCCGGCCAGGGGUACUGCCAAGGCGGCUUCAGCGCUGAGUUCACCAAGACCGGGCGUGUGGUGCUGGGUGGACCUGGGAGCUAUUUCUGGCAAGGCCAGAUCCUGUCGGCCACCCAGGAGCAGAUUGCAGGGUCCUACUACCCCGAGUACCUCAUCAACCUGGUGCGGGGGCAGCUGCAGACGCGCCAGGCCAGCUCCUCCUACGACGACAGCUACCUGGGUUACUCGGUGGCUGUGGGUGAAUUCAGUGGUGAUGACACGGAAGACUUCGUUGCUGGCGUGCCAAAAGGAAACCUCACCUACGGUUAUGUCACCAUCCUCAAUGGCUCAGACAUUCGAUCCCUCUACAACUUCUCAGGGGAACAGAUGGCCUCCUACUAUGGCUAUGCAGUGGCUGCCACGGACAUCAACGGGGACGGGCUGGAUGACCUGCUGGUGGGAGCACCGCUACUCAUGGAGCGGACAGCCGACGGGCGGCUCCAGGAGGUGGGCAGGGUCUACAUCUACCUGCAGCAGCCGGCCGGCGUGGAGCCCACACCCUCCCUCACCCUCACCGGCCGCGAUGAGUUUGGCCGGUUUGGAAGCUCCUUGACCCCCCUGGGGGACCUGGACCAAGAUGGCUACAACGAUGUGGCCAUCGGGGCCCCCUUUGGCGGGGAGACCCAGCAGGGCGUGGUCUUUGUGUUUCCCGGGAGCCCCGUGGGGCUGGGCUCCAAGCCUUCCCAGGUGCUGCUGCCCCUCUGGGCCGCUGGCCGCACUCCAGACUUCUUUGGCUCUGCCCUUCGAGGGGGCCGAGACCUGGAUGGCAACGGAUACCCCGAUCUGAUUGUGGGGUCCUUUGGUGUGGACAAGGCGGUGGUGUACAGGGGCCGCCCCAUCGUGUCCGCCAGUGCCUCCCUCACCAUCUUCCCCGCCAUGUUCAACCCGGAGGAGCGCAGCUGCAGCCUGGAGGGGAACCCUGUGGCCUGCAUCAACCUCAGCUUCUGCCUCAACGCCUCUGGAAAGCACGUUCCUGACACCAUCGGCUUCACCGUGGAGCUCCAGCUGGACUGGCAGAAGCAGAAGGGCGGGGUGCGGCGCGCGCUGUUCCUGGCCUCCGGGCAGGCGGCCCUCACCCAGACCCUGCUCAUCCAGAACGGGGCCCGGGAGGACUGCAGCGAGAUGAAGAUCUACCUCCGGAAUGAGUCGGAGUUCCGGGACAAACUCUCCCCGAUCCACAUCGCCCUCAACUUCUCCCUGGACCCCCAGGCGCCCGUGGACAGCCACGGCCUCCGGCCAGUCCUGCAUUACCAGAGCAAGAGCCGCAUCGAGGACAAGGCUCAGAUCCUCCUGGACUGUGGAGAAGACAACAUCUGUGUGCCAGACCUGCAGCUGGAAGUGUUUGGGGAGCAGAACCACGUGUACCUGGGUGACAAGAACGCGCUGAACCUCACGUUCCACGCCCAGAACGUGGGCGAGGGGGGCGCCUACGAGGCGGAGCUCCGGGUCACGGCUCCCCCGGAGGCUGAGUACUCCGGACUCGUCAGGCACCCCGGGAACUUCUCCAGCCUGAGCUGUGACUACUUUGCCGUGAACCAGAGCCGCCUCCUGGUGUGUGACCUGGGCAACCCCAUGAAGGCAGGCGCCAGUCUCUGGAGUGGCCUUCGGUUCACAGUGCCUCACCUCCGGGACACGAAGAAGACCAUCCAGUUUGACUUCCAGAUCCUCAGCAAGAACCUCAACAACUCGCAGAGCGAAGUGGUCUCCUUCCGGCUGUCGGUGGAGGCCCAAGCCCAGGUCUCCCUUAACGGCGUCUCCAAACCCGAAGCAGUGCUGUUCCCAGUGAGCGACUGGCACCCCCCGGACCAGCCCCGGAAGGAGGGGGACCUGGGCCCUGCUGUCCAGCAUGUGUAUGAGCUCGUCAACUGGGGCCCCAGCUCCAUCAGCCGGGGCGUGCUGGAGCUCAGCUGCCCGCAGCGCCUGGAAGGCCAGCAGCUCCUCUACAUGACCCGGUUCACGGGGCUCAGCAACUGCACCUCCAGCCACCACCCCAACCCGGAGCACCUGGAGCUGGAUCCCGAGGGCUCCCCGAACCACAGGCUGCGAAGACGCGAAGCUCCGGGCCAGAGCCCUGCCUCUGGGCCUCAGGUCCUGAAAUGUCCGGAGGCGGAGUGUUUCAGGCUGCGCUGUGAGCUUGGGUCGCUGCACCGGCAGGAGAGCCGGAGUCUGCAGCUGCAUUUCCGAGUCCGGGCCCAGACCUUCCUGCAGCGGGAGCACCAGCCCUUCAGCCUGCAGUGCGAGGCCGUGUACGAAGCUCUGAGGAUGCCCUACCGGAUCCUGCCCCGGCAGCUUCCCCGAAAGGAACUUCUGGUGGCCACAGCCGUGCAGUGGACCAAGGCAGAAGGCAGCCAAGGCGUCCCGCUGUGGAUCAUCAUCCUCGCCAUCCUCCUCGGCCUCCUGCUCCUCGGUCUGCUCAUCUACGUCCUCUACAAGCUCGGAUUCUUCAAACGCUCCCUCCCUUACGGCACCGCCAUGGAAAAAGCUCAGCUCAAGCCUCCAGCCACCUCAGAUGCCUGA